CAUUGUUUACCUUUUGCUUGCACACUCUGGUCUCACUGUUUAUUUAUUUACUUGCGGUGUUUAAUGAAAUAGGAAAUUACUUUAAUUUUAUAAGUUUCAUAAGUCCGAAACCCACAAAUAACCAUGCCCAAAGUAGUGUCGCGCAGUAUCGUCUGCUCCGAUACCAAGGAUCAGGAGGAGUACAACGAGGAAAAGCCGCUAAACAUUUACUACUGUCUGUGCAACAAGAUGGCUCUGAUUCUGGAUUGCACCCUCGAACAGUUGCCGCUACGAGAGGUGGACAACGCCCGUGUGAUAAACGCCAACGACCAUGCCAACAAACUCACCCACAAUCCCACACCGAGGAUGGUCUACAUCAAACGCAAGAGCAGGGGCAAUGGGAUCGAGAAGCAGUACCGCUACAAGUGCCGAAGCUGCAGUCUGCCGCUUUACUAUCGCCACAGUCCCGACUCCCACGUAACCUUCGUCAUGUCCAAUGCCCUAAUCCGCAACAAGGGUGAGAGUCCUCUCACACAGCUGCUGAAUUCGGAGAUCAAGGGCAGUUUCAAGGCACCGGCUGCCAAGCCAGCGACUUCCGCCGGUCCAGACGAUUCGGGUAUUGUGGAUGCCAGUGGCAAGAAGGUCGUCGUCACCAGACACACGAAGAACAUGGGCAAGUUCAGCUCGGUCACGGUGUCUACCAUCGACGAGGAGGAGGAUGAAAUCGAGGCGCGCGAGAUCGCAGACAGCUAUGCGAACAACGCAAGGAUUAUCGAGAAGCAACUGCAGCGCAAAGGCGGAAAAUUGAGCGAUGUGGGCAUCAAAACCAAGACAGAGGACGCACCUCCGCCGCAGAAGAAGCAGCGCGGCACGCUACUGGAAAGAUAGUCACACUCUGCCUCCUUAUUACCCACAACUAAAUAUAUUUGACGACACAAAUGGCUGGCAUUCUUGGAAGAAAAAUUGCAAUUUAUCUAGUUAUAGCAUACGCAAAUAGUUUGACCUUCUAUGCUGUCGUUUUGGCAGCAAACUGGGAUGCUGUGCCAGUAGCUUCUUCAGUCGCUGCUCGGCGUGCUGGUGAUUGAGAAUCGAGUCCUUGACAAGCCCACAACUGGGACAUAGAUUGUACUCCGACUUUGACUUUUUGACGAUCGCUGGACGCACGCGAGUCUCCAUGAUCAGCUUCAUUCGAUUCGUGGUACGCGGCGAGUUGUGCAGAGCAGUGAGUGGACGGCACUUACUUCUUGGCGAGGAUUCGGUCCGUUCCAAAGCAGCCUUCUCCUUGCUCCUGACCAGCUCGAGUGCACGAUUCGCUCGGGCUUUGGCCAGCUGCAAUUCGAGAGGCGCCUUUGGCAGGUUAAAAAAGAAGUGGGUCCACUUAUCGCGCAACUGUUCGAUGGCCUCCGAGUUGAAUAGUGAGCUGGAACGAUUGGAGGUAUGGGGUCCCCAUUCCGCGUUCCCGAUGCAACUCAAUCUAUAAGCGGACAUUGAAACCUGAAGUAUUAUACACUGAAAAUUUGACAACAAAGUAAAAGUGUACAUAUAUGUGUAUAUGUAUACUAUAUACCGU